AUGGCGGUCGCGUCCCUGGAGAGACGGGCACUCCCCGGCCCUGUUCUCGAGCUGCUGCCGGGACUGCCCGCACCGGACCGGGCGCGCCCGGAGUCAGUGACCUUUGAGGAUGUGGCCAUCUACUUCUCUGAGAAUGAAUGGACCGGCCUGGCCUCUGCUCAGAGGAUCAUGUACAGGGACGUGAUGCUGGAGAAUUAUGAGGCUGUGGCUUCCCUGGCAUUUCCAUUUCCCAAACCGGCUCUGAUUUCCCAGCUGGAGCGAGGGGAAGCACCCCCUCUCCCCAGGGCUCUUCUGCGGGCACAGUGA